GGGGAGGGGGUGUCCCCCACUUCUUGCGUUUCCCCCCCCCUUCCCCUGUGCCAGAGCAUCGUCCCCGAGCGGGGCCUGGCAGCGCCUGGCACCGUCGCUCGCGCCACGGCGUGACACCGGCACACGCCGCGCCACGGCACAGCGUGACACGCCGUGACACGCCAUGGCAGGGCGUGAUCCACCAUGGCAGGGGAUGACACGCCGCGGCACGGCAGAGCACGGCGCGGCAGGGCGGAGAGCGGCACGCCACGACACGCCACGGCACGGCACGCCGCGCGGAGCCAGCGUCCCAUGGGACCCCCCGGCCCGGCCGCCCGGCUGCUGCCCCCGCUCAUCCUGGCGCUCGCAGGGGUCGCCCGGGGCACGUUCACGGUGGGGGCCUGGCCACGGGUGGCCGUGGUGCCCUUCGGGGGCUCGGUGGCCAUCAACUGCAGCCGCAGCGCCUGCCCGGGGGGCAACGCCACGCUGGGGCUGGACACCCCCUUGGCCGUCACCUUGGGGGCCGGGGGGGGCCGUUGGCAAAGCUUCCGCCUCCUCAACGUCUCCCAAUGGAGCCCCGGCACCGCCACCUGCUACGGUCGCUGCGGUGACACCCAAGUCAACGCCAGCGCCGGCAUCCUCGUCUACCGGUUGCCGGAGCGGGUGGUGCUGGAGCCGGUGGCGGCGGUGGCGGUGGGGGAGAGCCGGAACCUGACGUGCCGGGUGGUGGAGGUGGCUCCGGUGGGGAACCUGACGGUGACGUUACGGCGAGGGGCCGAAACGCUGCGGACGGAGAGUUUCGGGGCCGCCGAGGGCAGCGCCACCGUGGCCGUCACUCACCUGCUGACCGUCGGCCCCGGGGACCACGGGCAGGACGUCACCUGCCACGCCGAGCUGUCCCUGCGGCCACACGGGCCGCUCUUCGCCCGCGCCGCCGUCCCCGUCAAGCUCUCGGUGUUCGGUGACCCUCCCGAACCCCCGCAGCUCCGGGCCCCCGCCCUCCUGGAGGCCGGCACCGCCGCCAACGCCAGCUGCCGCCUCACCGGCGCCUUCCCCGCCGGCGACGUCCGCUUCGCCGUCACCCUGGCAGAGCAGAGCCUCAACGUCACCGUCACGGCGGCCGGGGACGUCCUCACCGCUGUCACCACCCUGGCACCCGCCGCCCCGGGGCCCCAGGAGCUGAGCUGCACCGCCGCGGUGGCCACGGCGGCGCGGACGGCACGGAGGCAGCUCCACGUCUACCGCUUCCCGCUGCCCGUCGUGGAGCUGAGCCCGGCGUCGGCACCGGCGGGCAGCGAGGUGACGGUGACGUGCCGCGCCGGGGUCACCGACCCUCCCGCCGUCCGGCUGCAGCUCCGCGAUGCCGACGGCGGGGUCCUGGCCGAGGGACCGGAAUCCCCGCUGGAACUGCGGUUGGUGGCCCGGCGGGAAGAUGACGGGCGGCAAUUUGGGUGCCGGGCCAGCCUGGCCAUCGGCGACGGUGCGGUGACAAAGGACACGGAAGCCCGGCUCGCCGUGCUCUACAUGCCCGAAAUGGCGGCAAGCGACUGUCCCGCCAACCGCACGUGGCCGGGGACGCGGGAAACGUUGUCCUGCCGCGCCGCCGGCAACCCCGCGCCCACCGUGGUCUGCGGUAGGAACGGCGUCACCGUCAGCACCGGGGAGCCCGAAUUGGUCACCCGGUCCCGAGCUGGCACCUACCUCUGCAAUGCCACCAACGCCUUGGGGACACGGAGCCGGCAGGUCACCGUCCGCGUGGAGUGUGAGCCCACCCUGACGGAGAGGGGGUGCCCGGCGCAUCGCACCUGGGUGGAGGGGGAGCGGCGGGAACUGGGGUGUCGCGCCGGAGACCCCCCCCCCAGCACCCGCUGCGCCCGCGACGGCGCUGCCACCCGCGGCCGGGGCAGCCGGGCCGUCAGCCGCGCCGACGCCGGCCGCUACCUCUGCCGGGCCACCAACAAGCACGGCUCGGCCGUCCGCAGCGUCCUGGUCACCGUCGAGUACGAGCCCAGCAUCGCGGACGGCUGCCCGGCGCGGCGGCUGUGGGUGGAAGCGCCGGCGGAGCUGGCCUGCGCCGCCAGCGGCAACCCCCCACCCCGCGUCACCUGUGACAAGCUGGGGGACAACCAGGACCCCCCCCUGAGCCCCAACGUCACUCGCGCCCACGCCGGCACCUACCAGUGCCGGGCCACCAACACCCACGGCUCGGCCCUCCGCAACGUCACCGUCGCCGUCGAGUACAGCCCCGCCGCCGUGACCCUGCGGGUUGUCCCCUGCAACGUCUCGCGGGGGUCCAGCUUCAGCGUGGAGUGUCGCGCCGAGGGGCUGCCCCCCCCCACCUACGGCUGGGCGCUGCCCCCCGCCCCCACUCGCUUCGCCCCCGACAACCGCUCGGUGGCCGUGGCCGCUGCCGCCGCCGCCAACCGGGGCCUUUACACCUGCACCGCCAGCAACCGGCACGGCCGGCGGGCCGGCAGCGUCAUGGUGCGGGUGGACGAGAGCCGGCUGGCCCUGGUGGCCUCGCUGGGCUCGCUGGGGGCGGCGGCGGCGCUGGGGGCGGCGGCGGCGGGGGGGUAUUACCUGAAGACUCGGGCCUGCAAGAAGGGGGAGUACAACGUGCGGGACGCCGAGGGCUCCUCCGACGCCGCCCGCCUCCACCGCCAGCGCCGGGAGCGCGGCGACGUCUUCGGCAUCCAGCUCUCCCCGCCCUGACCGCGACGGCCCCACCGGGAAACGCUCCCCCCGGCCCGGCCCGGCCCGACCCGGGCGGGGGCGGGGGGAAGGUCUGGAAGUUGCGGGGGGGGGGUUGCCGGCCCGGCCGCCGUGGGGCUUUUAGUUGGUUUUUUGGGGUUUUUUUUGGGGUUUUUUUUUUUCUAAGGUUUUUUGGUGCUGCGCCGAGGGCGGCACGGCCGUGACUCAGGGCGGGGGGGGGAUGC